AUGUCUUCCGUGCCCCUCGCCAUCGCCGUCCCCGCGGCCGUCGGCGCCGCCGCCUACCUCAACGCCCGCUCGUCCUUUUGGUACGACGCGCUGAUGCUCGGCGGUAUCCUCCGGGGCGUCGCCGGCAUCGUCUACGGCGGCUGGGCCGACCGCCUCAACCUGUUUUACGCCCUCGAGGCCCGCGCCACCAGCCCCAGCCACGCCGACAAGACGCUGCUGCUCCUUGACGGCGCCGGCGCCGCCUACAGCUACCGCCAGCUCUACGACGGCGUGCUGCGCUACGGCGCCUACCUGCGCGCCCACCUCGGCGUCCGGCCCGGCGACGUCGUCGCCCUCGACUUUCAGAACUCGGACACCUUUAUCCUCCUCUGGUGGGGGCUCUGGAGCAUCGGCGCCAAGCCCGCCUUUAUCAACUACAACCUCACCAGCGCGCCCCUCGCCCACUGCGUCAAGUCGUCCACCGCCAAGGUCUGUCUGGUCGACCCGGCCGUCGCCCGUCACUUUGACGACGAGCUUGUGCGCCGCGAGACGCCCGGCGUCCAGAUUGUCGUCUUUGGCGAGGAGCGCCAGGGCGCGGCGCGCUCGUCCGAGGCGGUGCGUCGGCCGGACAGCGACCGCUCCGACAAGGCGUCUGGCAGCAUGGGCAUCCUCAUCUUCACAUCAGGCACCACCGGCCUCCCCAAGGCCGCCAUUGUCUCCUGGGCCAAGCUCAUCGUCAGCUCCAAGUUCAGCGUCAAUUUUCUAGGACGAGGCAACGACAUCAUGUACACGUGUAUGCCUCUAUACCAUGCCUCGGCCUCGAUGCUUGGCUUCUGCGCCACCGUCAUUGGCGGGAGCACCCUCGCGCUCGGCCGCAAGUUCUCGACCAAGACCUUUUGGCCCGAGGUGCGCGCGUCCAACGCCACCAUGAUCCAGUACGUCGGCGAGACGCUGCGGUACCUCCUGGCCGCGCCGCCGCAGCGGGACCCCGUGACCGGCGCCGACCUCGACAAGGCGCAUUGCGUCCGCAUCGCGUUUGGCAACGGGCUGCGGCCCGACGUGUGGAAGCGCUUCCAGGAGCGCUUCGGCGUCGACACCAUUGCCGAGUUUUACGGCGCCACCGAGGGCACGCUCGCCACCUGGAACCUGUCGAGCAACGACUACGGCGUCGGCGCCAUCGGCCGCGCCGGCUGGCUCCUGCGCACCCUCGUCGGCCGCGACACGGCCCUCGCCGAGAUGGACUGGGCCGCCGACGCACCCGCCCGGGACCCGGCCACGGGCCUGUGCCGCCUCGCCGGGCCCAACACGUCGGGCGAGAUGCUGUUCCGCCUCCCCGACGGGCCCGACGACCUCGAGGCCCGCUUCCAGGGCUACUUCAACGACAAGCAGGCCACGCACGCCAAGAUCCUCCGCGACGUCUUCCGCAAAGGCGACGCCUGGUUCCGCACCGGCGACGUGCUGCAGCAAAACGGCGACGGCCUGCUCUUCUUCAUGGACCGCAUCGGCGACACGUUUCGCUGGAAGUCGGAAAACGUGUCUACCGCCGAGGUCAGCCAGGUCAUGGGCCUGCACCCUGCCGUGCGCGAGGCCAACGUCUACGGCAUUGAGCUGCCGCACCACGACGGCCGCGCCGGCUGCGUCACCGUCUGCUUCGACACCCCGGUGCCGGCCGAUGACACGCUGCGCAGCCUUGCCGGCCACUUGCGGUCCACGCUGCCCGCGUAUGCCGUGCCCCUGUUCCUCCGUGUCGUGCCGGAGCUGGGCGCCGACACGACGGGCACCAACAAGCAGCAAAAGUACAACCUGCGCAAACUCGGUGUCAAACCAUCCAAAGCCGCCGGCGAAGGCGGGGCUGCCAUGUUCUGGCUCAAGGGCGACACGUAUAUGCCGUUCGGUAACAAGGACUGGAAAAAGAUUGAGACGGGGCGGCUUAAAUUGUAA